GGCGCCUUUCCGGUCUGCAGGCUGCGCGGGCGACAACGCUGGGGGCCCCGGGGAGGACCUGGGAGCGCUUAGCUGCAGCCUCCGUGUCCCCCGCGCCUCUCAGCCCCUGCCUUUCGCUGUGGGAGACGCUGACUGGGCGCCGAGAGAGGCGCGGUGUCGAGUGUGACACCCCCAAAGCAGCGCCCUGUGCUGAAGGUACUGAUUAAGAUGAAUGGGAUUUGGAGAAAUUCUAUUUCCUGUCUACGGAUAAGAAAGGUGCCACACAGAUGCCAAAGUGGUGGUCACCCAGUGGCCCCUCUGGGAUCAAGGAUUUUAACUGACCCAGACAAGGUUUUUGAGCACAACAUGUGGGAUCAUAUGCAAUGGUCAAAAGAGGAAGAAGCAGAAGCCAGAAAAAAAGUGGAGGAAAACUCAGCUGUGCGAGUCCUUCUGGAAGAGCAAGUUAAGUAUGAGAGUGAAGCUAAUAAAUAUUGGGACACAUUUUACAAGGCUCAUAAGAAUAAGUUUUUCAAGAAUCGUAAUUGGCUGUUGAGGGAAUUUCCUGAAAUUCUUCCAAUUGAUCAAAAAACUGAAGAGAAGACAAAAGAAUUAUCAUGGGAUCGUGUACAAACUAAUGCUGCAAAUUGUUUCUCAAGAAAGCACUGCCCUACUAUGCCUGAAGAAACAAAUUAUGAUAAAAGUUCUGGCUUGUCGGAUGGUCAGAGCAAAGCAGAAUCUGGUUUAUCCAGCCUGGACUCUGAAGAACGCAGAAAAGGACCUCCGAAGACCGAGCUCUUUCCUGGUAGCAAAGCCACUUUCAGAAUCCUGGAGGUUGGCUGUGGUGCUGGAAAUAGUGUUUUUCCAAUUCUGAACACUUUGCAGAAUGCUCCAGAGUCCUUUCUUUAUUGUUGUGAUUUUGCCUCUGGAGCUGUGGAGCUAGUAAAGUCGCACUCAUCCUACAGAGCAGCCCAGUGUUUUGCCUUUGUUCAUGACGUUUGUGACGACAGCCUGCCCUACCCUUUUCCAGAUGGGAUCCUGGACGGCGUUCUCCUUGUCUUUGUGCUCUCGUCCAUCCAUCCAGACAGGAUGCAGGGUGUUGUAAACCGAUUGUCCAAGUUACUGAAACCUGGGGGAAUGCUGCUAUUUCGGGACUAUGGAAGAUAUGAUAAGACUCAGCUUCGUUUUAAAAGGGGGCAUUGUUUAUCUGAAAAUUUUUAUGUCCGAGGAGAUGGUACCAGAGCAUAUUUCUUUACAAAAGGGGAAGUCCACAGUAUGUUCUGCAAGGCUGGGUUAGAGGAGAAGCAAAAUCUGGUUGAUCGUCGCUUACAAGUUAAUAGGAAAAAACAAGUGAAAAUGCACCGAGUAUGGGUUCAAGGCAAAUUCCAGAAACCAUACACUUGACACAAAAAAGCUCCAAAUUGACAUUUUCGUAGCUGAACUCUGUACCAUAUUGAGGGACAAACCAGAGGACUACACUAUUCAAAGACUUUUAUACACUUUUCAUUUUUGAAAAGACAAUCAGAAGGUAAUUUAUAUAUUUUGCUGUUUGUCCCGGGUGAGCUCUUUUGUGUAUUUUAAGCACAUGUAAGUGGUUUGGAAGAGUGCACCAUAGCCUGUGUUUUCAAAACUUAAUAUGAGUAAGCUUGUUUGGGUUUAUGAUGUCUAAUCAUUAUUUGUUGUCUGAUUUUGUAAGCUUUCAAUUAAAUUACUGUCAUAAGUUAGAUGAUUCUGAGAAGCCAUAACCUUCCAUUUUUCGGGAAGUGGAGAAAAUCACCUACUCUAUUUAUAUAUUAGUCAAACACACUUUACCUCCUCUCCAGUGUUACCUGGUAGCAGAAAGGCAGCUCACCUUGUUUCCAGGGAAAAUCACAAACCCAAGACAAAGGUGUAUUUUUUUGUUCAUUUUGUCGUCUGUUUUCCCAAAAACUUUUUUUAUUUUUAAUUCAGAGACUAACGUCUGAAAUAGAAUUUUAGUUUCUCUUUCCUUUUCUAAAAUCGGGAAGUAUGACUCAUGGUAACAUUAUUUUCAGAUUAUUAGGUAGACAAAUCAUUGUAAGGUUCUCUUUAAGACAUCUGUUAUACCUAAGAAAACUCUUAAAUUGUAGCAAUUAAAAAUUUUUUUAUUGGGCCCUGGCCAGGUAGCUCUGUUGGUUAGAGUGUUGUCCCAAUAUGCUAAG